AUGCCUACUGAACCACCAGGGAAAAUGUUUUCGAUUUGGCUGCAAUCUGCACUGUUUACGGUGCAACAAAAGGAUCAAGCGGCGCCAGAGACGAGGACACUCGAAGACUCGCAGACAGUGAGGGUCGUAAGAAAUCCUCCUGGCACGAACGCAAGAGCGAUCUCAGUGCACUGCUCCCAAAGCACAGAGGAACCCCCCUUGAAGCCUUGCGAUGCCUGGAGAAAACCAAGCAAGCUCCAUUGCGCAGAAGCGUUCAUCCAUCUGGGCCUGGCUUCAUCGCGCAGACAACUCCAGCAGAGCCACAAAGCGUCGAGGUUGGAGUUUUAUGGGACCGUCCGGCGCUUCAAAAGUCUCCGAUCUUGCUCGGGAAAAGCGCAGUAUUGUCGACUGCAGUUGGAGAAAUGCCAAAGUGUUGUGAAAUGCAUCCAGGUCACGCCACAGGUCUUCGUUUGUAGCUUUGCAGAUUCGGCUGUGGCUUCCGUGCAUGACCUUCUCACAGCCCACACCUUGUGUCGCUUGUCGUGCACGCCAGGUCUUAACUGA